CUCUGGCCCUGCGUUUCAGGGUGGAGCUUCCUUGGAACAGCCCGAGUGGGUGAGCCACGUUUUCCAGGGCCUGGCCGGAGAGGAGGACCUGGUGUUCACACCCAGCCCUCCCCUUCAGAGCCCUGGGACAGAGCCUAAAGCCAACAUGAGCAGGGACCUGGACUCCGUGGAGGUGUUCGACGGCAUCCGCUUCCCAGGGUACUUGCAUACCCCAGAGUCCCUGCAGGCCGCCUGCGCCUUCCAGUUCCAGGACACGGAUGUCCUGCUGGUGACAUUCCCCAAGUCAGGUACUACGUGGAUGCAGCAGAUCCUGAGCCUCAUCUUCUGCGAGGGCGACCUGAGGCCCAUUCACCACUGCCCCAACUGGGCCCGCAUGCCCUGGCUGGAGCACAUCUCUUUCCAAGGCUUCCUGGCCCAGAUGGACCCUGCCCGACCCCGUCUUCUCACCACCCACCUGCAAGCCAGGGCCCUGGCCCCCGCCCUGAAGAAGUCCAAUGCUCGGGUGGUAUACAUGGCACGGCACCCCAAGGACGUGCUGGUCUCCUUUUACCACUUCCAUCGAAUGGCCAGCUUCCUGCCGGACCCCAGCUCCUUCCAGGAUUUUGUGGAUGAGUUCCUUGCGGGCAAAGGCUUCUACAACUCUUGGUUUGACCACGUGAAGGAGUGGCUGAGCCUCCUGCAGGAUCUGAACAUGCUUUUUGUCACUUACGAGGAGCUGCACCAGGAGCCCCGGCGCACCAUCCGGAAGCUCGGCGAGUUUCUGGGGCGCCCGCUGGGUGAGCAGGAGGAGGACGUCAUCCUGGGCCACAGCAGCUUCUCCUUCAUGAGCCAGAGCAGCGCGGCCAACUACAGCCUGGUGCCCAAGGACAUCAUGGACCCCGAGCGCAGCCCGUUCCUGCGGAAAGGUGUCGUGGGGGACUGGCAGGAGCACUUCACGCCAGAGCAGAAUGAGAAAUUCAAUGCCGUGUACCAGGCCAAGAUGGGGGACUGCAGCCUCUGCCUGCCCUGGAUCAUGGACUGAUGGCCUCGCCCGCCCUGCCUGCUGCCUGGGGCCCGGCCUCCUGACCGCCCACGCUCUGCUGCCUCCCUGGCCUGGCAAUAAAAUGCUGUGU